UAGGGAAUUGCAAAUCCCGUAGAGAAGAACGUCUCAUUAUCGCGAGACGGAGAAUCAACAUGGCUCGCUUCCAUAGAUUUCGCUAGCCAUUUUAGUCAAUUGAAAAAUCCCAAAAUCUGAGAGUUUGAGUUAUCUACUCGAAUUUCAAAUGACUCGACCAAUAAAGCAAGUACUGUAGCUACAUACAGUAAUUCCUCUUCCAGGUUUCUUGCGUCUUUGUUAACCAGCUAGCUAGAUAACGUUAACUGAGUCUGUCAUCCAGAGCUACCCUUGUUCAGCUGUCUAGCUAUCUUGAUUUGCCUGGCUGCACUCUUCACAGUCUUCAGUGUUUGUUUUAAGUGACAUCCUCCUCUUCACCACCCCACCUGAUUGACAGAAAAGAAGUGCUUCUCUCCUUGGGACUCGGUGUAACCCUCCACCCUAUCUACCCCUGUUGCCCCCAGAGCAGGGGGUAAGGACACCACAGUCGCCACAAUGCUGGAGUCUGUAAGGAACACGUUUCACGCCCAGCUGGCCACCGUCAUGGACUCCCUGCUGGCGGCAGCGGUGUGUGAGAUCGCAAAAAUCUUUGAGAGCAGUCUGUGUGAGCAGCAGGAGGAGCUGACACAGAGAGGAGAGGAGAUCACGGGCCUGAGGGGGAGGCUGGAGCGGGCAGAGAGGAGGCUGAAGAAGGAAGGAGAGGAGGAGGAGGAAGAAGAAGGAGAGGGCCUACUGGAUGUGGUAGAAGGACCAGUGAGAAAAACAGGAGGAGAUGGCAGCCCGGGGCAGCAGUCUGAACCAAGAGCUGGUUCAAGCUGGGAUUCGGAUGCGGCCUCUGAGACCCCUCCACUGGUCCAGGACAGCGGAUGUAAGAAGUCCCACAGGAUGAAAAAGGAGAGAACUGAGCUGGAGGGGUCCUCCAUCAAAGAAGAGCUUAAACAUUGCCCUCUUCCACAGUUCGAGGAGCCCCACCCUGCCCCUGUGGAGGGGGAGGGCCAAGGGCCAGGGAGGAGCUCUUCUGCUGGGGGUCAGAGGCUGGGAGAACCCUUGUCUGACACAACAGGGACCAAGGCAAAGUUAUCCCAUUGGGAGGGAGACCCCAGACCUCUUCAGAGCCAGAGCUCCACCUCCUUCUUCCAUGGCCCCCGGGUUGGACAUUUCUCUCCCAGACCCGACCACAGGUCUCCUGGGCGACCCUGGGCCAGUGGGGUUCCUCUAGAGCUUCAGGAUCCAAGCUUCCUGGACCAGAGCCCAGACCAGGUACUAGAGCAGAGAGAGCCCCGGCAGUCACAGGACCAAACCAACCAAUCCCAGAGAGGCCUGAGACCAAGAGACGACAGAGGGAGGGGCCUAGUUCAUCAGAACCGCUGGUCAUUGGCUGCCAAGGAUCCAGUCAGACCACACCCCAACGCAAAUGUUCAGAAACACGCACAAGGUCACGCACACACACUGGGCGGGGCGAGACCCUACACUUGCCCGUACUGCGGCAAGAGCUUCAGCUACCCGUCCCACCAGCGCAGGCACCUGUUGCGCCACACAGGGGUGAGGAUGUACCCCUGCUUGGUAUGCGACAAGAGCUUCCUGACUCCGUCAGAGCUCACGGUGCAUACCCGCGUCCACACAGGGGAAAGGCCGUUUGGCUGCACCCAGUGUGGAAAGCGUUUUGCCCGCAGCGGGAACCUCCGGGCCCACCAGAGAGACGUCCACCUGGGGAAGAGACCCUUUGUCUGCCAGGAGUGUGGCAAGAGGUUCGCCCACAGGGGCAACCUGAGGGUGCACUACCAGAGGGUACACCAGGGCCUGCCAUACCAUGAGGAUGAGUAUGACCAGGAUGGCAACACUCUCCCCUCUACUGGGUAAAGGGUCAACAGGGUCACAUUCAGUAGGAGCUAAUGGAAGAAAACAUUUUAAAAUGGAAAAUGAGUGUUCUUGCAGUGCAUUUGGAAAAUAUUCAGACCCCUUGACUUUUUCCACAUUUUAUUAUGUUCUAGCCUUAUUCUAAAAUUGAUUACAUUGUUAUUUUUCUCAAUCUACACUCAAUACCCCAUAAUGAAUACGAAAAAACAGGUUUUUAGAAUAUUUUGCAUAUGUAUAAAAAAUAAACUAGUUACAGGGGAGAGGAGGGGGGAUGAAUGAGCCAAUUGUAAGCUGGGGAUGAUUAGGUGACUGUGAUGGUAUGAGGGCCAGAUUGGGAAUUUAGCCAGGACACCGGGGUUAACACCUCUACUUUUACAAUAAGUGCAACAUCCCAUCCGAAAGACGGCACCCGACACAGGGCAAUGUCCCCAAUCACUACCCUGGGGCAUUGGGAUAUUUUUUUAGACCAAAGGAAAUAGUGCCUCCUACUGUUCCUCCAACACCACUUCCAGCAGCAUCUGGUCUCCCAUCUAGGUACCGACCAGGACCAACGCCGCUUAGCUUCAGAAGCAAGCCAGCAGUGGGAUGCAGACCCUUUACUCAUUACAUUGUUUAAGCACCUUUGGCAGUGAUUACAGCUUCGGGUCUUAUUGGGUAUGACACUACAAGCUUGACACACCAGUAUUUGGAGAGGUUUUCCAAUUCUUUGUAGAUUCUCUCAAGCUCUGUCAGGUUGGAUGGGGAGCGUCUCUAGAGAUGUUCUAUUGGGUUGAAGUCUGAGCUCUGGCUAGGACAUGCAGAGACCCGUCCCAAAGCCACUACUGCAUUGUCUUGGCUGUGUGCUUAGGGUCGUUGUCCUGUUGGAAGGUGAACCUUCAUCCCAGUCUGAGGCUGAGUGCUUUGGAGCAGGUUUUCAUCAAGCAUCUCUCUGUACUUGCUCUGUUCAUCUUUCCCUUGAUCCUGACUGGUCUCCCAUUCCCUGCCGCUGAAAAAGAUCCCCACAGCAUGAUGCUGCCACCACCAUGCUUCACCGUAGGGAUGGUGCAAGGUUUCCUCCAGACGUGAUGCUUGGCAUUCUGGCCAAAAAGUUCAAUCUUGGUUUCAGCAAAACAAAGAAUCUUGUUUCUCAUUGUCUGAGAGUCCUUUAGGUGCCUUUUGGCAAACUCCAAACAGGAUGUCAUGCCUUUUUUACUCAGGACGUGCUUCUGUCUGGCCGCUCUACCAUAAAGGCCUGAUUGGUGGAGUGUUGCAGAGAUGGGAGAACCUUCCAGAAGGACAACCAUCUCCACAAAGGAACUCUGGAGCUCUGUCAGAGUGACCAUCGGGUUCUUGCUCAGUUUGGCCAGGCGGCCAGCUCUAGGAAGAGUCUUGGUGGUUCCAUAAUUUUUACAUUUAAGAAUGAUGGAGGCCACUAUGUUCUUGGGGACCUUCAAUGCAGAAGACAUUUUUUUGGUACCCUUCCCCCCCCCAGAUCUCUACCUUGACACAAUCCUGUCUUGGAGUUCUACAGACAAUUACUUCAACCUCAUGGCUUGGUUUUUGCUCUGACAUACACUGUCAACUGUGGGACCUUAUAUAGACAGAUGUGUGCCAUUCCAAAUGAGGAAAACAAUGAAUUGAAUCCGUUUUAGAAUAAGGCUGUAACGUAACAAAAUGUGGGGAAAAGGAAAGGGAUCUGAAUACUUCCCGAAUGCCCUGUAUUUAGCAUGUUGUCUUCUAUGAAUUAGGCCUACCUGCACAUCUGUCUGCAUUUUAAACUCAUGUCCCAUAGGAAUGACUCCACCUGUCAAGAGACAAUGAUGAAGACAGGAAAUGGUGUGAGAGCGAGAAAGGAAAGCAGCGCUCCCUGCGGGAGGAAGAGAAGGCAUUUCUAAGUGUUGCAUCAUUUAAAGGGUUGUUAUAUUGU